AUGAAUAAAACAGUGAAACAUAAACUUGAGCACAAUCUAUUAAAUAAACAAAUCCUGCAAGCAGAAAUUGAACAAUUAAGAGAAAUCCCAAGGGAAAUAGAAAAGCAGGUAUCUAUACAUAUAUUGGCAGCAAGAAACUUGCCGGUGCAGCUGACUUCAAAAGUAUCAAGAGCUGUUCAAAUUUCCAUAGGAGGGAAAACUAUCAACACAAAGCCAUGUAUUUCGGAAGGAUGUGACCAUACAGCUAAGUGAAAUGAAUCUUGCUUGCUGCCUGUUACUGAUCUGCAAGGAACUGUAAAAGUGUUGCUUUUUCAAAUGGGGACACCUGAUAAGGUGCUUGGAGGGAUGAUGCUAAAGCUGUCAGGGUUUAUGGACCAAAAAAGGCAUGAUGGAUGAUAUGAUAUUGGGUGUGGCGAGCUUAGGCUUGCUAUUAGGCUGCUGCAUUCGGUUAAUGAUUUUUACGACUACUUAUUAAACUUACUAAGCCCAUCUAUCAAGAACUCAGAAAACCAGCUGAAGUCGAUAUCAGAAACUGAAAGCCACUUGAAAUCAGUAUCUCGUAGUGAAAAGCACACAAAGUCCAUCAAUGAGAAUCAUUUGAAAUCGAUUUCACGUAAUGAGAGCAACUCAAUAAACUUGAGCGGAAUAGAAAAUAACCAAGAAGACUCUUUUAAAAUUGAUGACGAUAGCAACAGUGACAUCAACUUUCUAGAAGAAGAUUCAUUUGAAUAUAAGCAGUUUGAGAUAGCUCAUAUGUGUGUAAGACAACUAAGCGUUCAGCUGCUUCAAAAGAGCUUCAAAAGAAAUCAAGCAGCAAAAAAAAUUCAAAGAACAUUUAGAAAAUGACUGUUUAAUAUAGUAAGAACGAGGGUUAAAGAAAUUGUUGAAAAAACAGUCGAGAACUAUGAAGUUUAUGUAAAAAAUGAGGUAAAAAGCCAUCUGAAUGCUUUAUUAGAGAAAGUGGCAGAAGAUGUUGAAAGCUGGCAAAUUGAACAGUUUCAUAGCACCAGAAGGUACACAACUGUACUGAACCAAAGGAGAAAUGAUGUCAUACAGAAGCUAAAAAGCAGCAGAUCUGCUGUUAGAAAGGAAUGGGAAAAUUUUUCAAAGCUAGAAAGCCAUGAAGAAACCCCAAAGGAACUCGAAGAAGACCCAGUCGAGUUCAAACCUGCUAAAGAAGAACCCCAAAAAGAAAGAGAAAAUAAGCAAGAAGAAAAUCCUAUAAAAGAAGUAAAAAUUGAAGAAAAAACUGAUCCAGAAGAAAAGAAAGAAAAUCCCGACGACAAGACUCAGCCGCCUUAUAUAGUGGCUGCUGAGCGAGGGUAUCGUCGAAGGAAUGCUGUUAAACGUUAUUAA